CGGCGGCGGCGGCGGUGGACGUGUUGUUUUGGCGGCGGCGCUGGCUGCCGCGGAGCCAGCCGAGUCCCAGCGCCUCACCUGCGCCCGCUGCGGCGGGCCCACCGACCGCCUCGCCACAGGAUUAAUUUAUUUUUGGAAAUCAAGUGCAAUAUUAAAGGAAAACAAACCACACUACAUUAUUGGAAGCCAUUUCUGCUAAUUUUAUUACAUUUUAAAAUUUAUGGUUUGAUUUGAAUACUAUCAUGGGAGGCGCUGUGAGUGCUGGGGAAGAUAAUGAUGACUUAAUUGAUAACUUAAAAGAAGCUCAGUAUAUCCGCACUGAAAGAGUGGAGCAAGCCUUCAGAGCGAUUGAUCGCGGAGAUUACUAUUUGGAAGGCUACCGAGACAAUGCUUACAAAGACUUAGCCUGGAAGCAUGGCAACAUACACUUGUCAGCACCUUGCAUUUAUUCAGAAGUUAUGGAAGCGUUGAAACUUCAACCAGGACUGUCUUUUCUUAACCUGGGAAGUGGAACCGGAUAUUUAAGUACAAUGGUGGGCUUAAUUUUAGGUCACCUCCACAGGCAGAGGAUUCCCAGGUUUCCAGCACCAGGUCUGUCUGCUGAGCUCUGGACACUCCGCAUCCUCCAAGCUGGCCAACAAGCUGGAUACUUGAUUACGCAGUGCUUACCGCACGCCUCCUCUUCGGUGGGCACGAGAUCCCCAAGCUCAGCCUGUCUCCGGCUCAAGUUACCCUUCCUUACCCUCGCCCACACGACACAGAGCAGCUCAAGUGGCUUAUACCUCCCGUGUUUCCAUUUUGGUGAAAGAUUCGAGUUCUGUGAACCCGCGUUUGUGGUUGGUAACUGCCUCCAGAUAGCGUCAGACAGCCACCAGUAUGACCGGGUGUACUGCGGGGCUGGAGUCCAGAAGGACCACGAGCAGCACAUGAAGAUACUGCUGAAGGUCGGGGGCAUCCUAGUCAUGCCCGUAGAAGACCAGUUAACACAAAUUAUGCGAACUGGACAAAACACUUGGGAAAGUAAAAACAUCCUUGCUGUGUCAUUUGCCCCACUUGUGCAGCCGAGCAAGAAUGACAACGGCAAGCCAGACUCUGUGGGCCUCCCCCCCUGUGCUGUCAGGAAUCUGCAGGACUUGGCUCGUAUUUACAUUCGACGCACACUUAGAAAUUUCAUAAACGAUGAGAUGCAGGCCAAGGGGAUUCCUCAGAGGGCUCCGCCCAAAAGGAAGAGGAAGAGGGUCAAGCAGAGGAUUAACACGUACGUCUUUGUGGGGAAUCAGCUCAUCCCUCAGCCUCUGGACAGCGAGGAGGAGGAGAAGAUGGGCGAAGAUAGGGAGGGGGAGGAGGGGGAGCGCGGCGGGGGCCGGAAGCCGGAGGAGCCGCCCCAGAACUUGCUGAGGGAGAAGAUCAUGAAGCUCCCCCUGCCCGAGUCUCUCAAAGCCUACUUGACGUACUUUAGGGAAAAAUAAGAGCAAGAAGAAAGAAUGCCUACUGAUAAUUCCUUUAGUCUUGAAAAUGUAGCAUAUUUGUUAGAAGUUAAAAGAGAAUUCUUUCUUUCAUCAGAGUGAAUUUUUAGUGGAAAAAGUAUAACUUGUUUCUGUCUUAGUAAUAAAAAUGAUGUAUUCUGUGAUUAAAAAGAAUCCCUUUUAUAAAAUAUAUUUUUCUUUAAAUCUUGGAAAAAUUGCUGUUUUAACUUGGAGCGGCUUCAAGAGUGGAAUGUAACAGUAGUCAAGACUGGGUCCUUCAGGUCAGGUCCUCGUCUGGUUCCUUACAGACUAGUGGUGGUGAGGGUUAGAGUCAGCUUUCCACGAGGUGAAAUAAUCAUGAAGCAUGUGUAGUCUGAUUCGAAUUGCAGCCAUUUGCAUCUCCUCCAUGAAACCUUUAUCUAACAAGGAGAUCAGAAGCUUUGUGUGGCGCAGUCACUGUUGCUGAGUUGCCGUAGGUCUGUCCCGGGCAGUGUAUGAGUGCAAUAACAGUGCAGAGGCGGAGUAACGUAGCUUUAAAAAGCCUCCUUUCAGGGAGUCCAACAGCACUGCUACCCUUGCUCUUGAAUCUGUUGCCAAAAGACGUGGGGAAAACAUCUGCUUCUCUCAUAGAGAUUUUAGGAGCACGUCAAGUGAAUAUUAAAGUAAGACGUAUAUACUUAAUACAACGCUUAGUCUGUGUGGACCCUUUGCAUUUUCAGUGUUUAAAAAUGAUGAGGUUACGCCU